GAAGGAUCUGCAUUCUGAAGUGAUGGAGGCGUCAAUCGGGUCCUUCUUCAGCAACAAGGCCAUCAUCGUGGUCGGUGCGAGCGCUUCCAGGGAGAAAUUCGGCAACAAGGUAAGAUUCCGCCCACAGCCUCGCCAGCGCAUAGCAUAUCAACACAUGCACCGUGUGUGUUCUCCUCUCUGUGCAGGUGCUGCGCGCCCUCAAGUCGACCUUCGUUGACGGGGCUCCCCAUAAUGCCGCCUACAAGGACCGCUCCAUCAGACUUCUCGCAGUGAACCCCAAAGAGACCGUCAUAGAGGCCAUCACGACGCUGCCCACGGUGAAGGAGGCCGUCCAGGUGUUGCAGACCGAGGGCAUUGCAGCCGACUCGACUGGCCUGUCCAUCAUCACGCCGCCCGCGGCGACAUCGGGUGUGAUUGGUGAUGGUUUGUCGCUGGGGGUGCGGCAGUUCUGGUGCCAGCCUGGGGCUGAGAGCGCCGAGGCUAAGGAGAGGGUGGAGGGUGCUGCGGGGGCCACGUUGAUUGCUGGCGGGCCAUGUGUGUUGGUGGAGCUGGGUUUCCAUGACGACGAGUGACUGACUGUGUGGGUGUGGUGUGCAAGUGAGUAGUUUGUGUGUGUUCAAUGUGAA